GUUUUUUUAAAUAAUUAAAAAUUGUGUUACUUGUCAUUUAAGGGCAGUCACAUUACUCACACAUAGAUACAAUAUACAAAUGAAUUUCAGAAAAACCAAUGAGCCUCAAGAGGCCCUGUAAGAGGAUGACAUACUGUAUUUGGCAUUUCGGGACAUAACUCAUGAUUUCUGGGAGAUAAAUUUUAAUAGAUUUCUUUUCCAGGUGUUGGAAACAGACUACAAUUCCAUUAAGUAGGGAGCACAGAGCAUAUAAGGAGGAGCCUGGGUUCCCAUAAGCAGUUCUCUGGGAUUCCAACAAGGAUACAGCCAUUCCUUCCCUGCUCAUCCUACAGGAUCCACACUCACUAAUAUACCAGGAACAUGGAGAUGCGAUUCCUUUGCCUUUUGCUCUUUGCUGGAUCCAUGGCACAAGAAGACAUGGAUAGAAAUGUGUUCCUGUUCCCCAGUAAGACUGUCGGUGAUUAUGUGGUUCUGACCCCAAUGGUGACUGAGCCUUUAGAUAAACUCACCGUUUGCUUGAGGAGCUACACAGAUGGCGGAAGAUAUGCCCUUCUUACUGUGGGCACACGAGAGUCAAAGAUCCGCAAUAUGUUUGUUAUUUUACAGGACACAUCACAUUCUUCUCCACCACAGCUUUACUUUUAUCCCGCAGUCUAUAUAAACAAUACACAGGUAUCCAUUCCAGCAAAAGCAGAUGUCCUGGAGUGGAAUCACUACUGUGUGACCUGGGACUCUAACACUGGAGUUCUACAGCUUUGGGUUAAUGGAAAAGUCUCCCCUCGUAAAGUAUUGAAGAAAGGUUUUUCUAUUGACCUCCGGGAUGGUAUUUCCCUGGGUCGGAUGCGGAGAUAUUAUGGGACUGAUUGGGAUUCUACCUUUGCCUUUGAAGGGGAAAUAAGUGAUGUCCAUAUGUGGAAUGAGGUUUUAUCUCCUAAGACCAUAAGGCGGGUUCUGCUAAAUGAUAGGGAUAUAAAUGGGAAUGUCAUUAGCUGGAGGUCUCUGAACUACACUAUUAAUGGAGAUGUCAUUGUCCAACCCAAACUCCAGUGUAGAUAUGGCAGUGAGUCUGGCAGCUCACACAGUCAGUGCUUUAUUGAAUAAUGGGAUUAAUAGAACUGGGGUAGAACAAUGGCUUUCCAGCUAAUGAUUCUUUCAAAGGGAACUAGGUCUUUCAUACAUAUUUCAUAUAUAUAUAUAUAUAUAUAUAUA